AUGAAUUGGUUUUGCGGGUGGGCGGUUGGAAGGUCGGAUGGAGGAGUCAACGAAUCGAUGACCGUUUCUUCUCCAACACGCAACGACAACCAGAAUGCGUUGCUUCUCUCUUUCGUUCAACGAAUUGAUCAACGGCCGAGGCUCGACUCGACUCGACCGUCUCCUGACGGCCUUCCAUUAAAAGGCCGUCUCUUUCUAGUGGCUUUUGCAAGCAGCAACAACUGCCGCGCCGACGUCGACCCCAUCCCGACACAUUCAUGCGACAACAACAGCCACCACCACCACCAUCACCACAUCCUCCACCCUUCUUCUUAUUUCCCAUACUCUCCAUCUAUUUCGAAUUUGGUUCUUUUUUCUACUGAUCUUUCUUUCUCUUAUUUUUUUUAUUGUGUUCGAAGUUUUUCUAUUCUUGUUUUAAUAUUUUUCUCUUCUUUCUUUCGUAACUUUAUCUUUCUCACUUUCACUGACAUCAAUUCUGUUCCUCCCUCUCUCCCCCCCCUCUCUCUCUCUCUCUCUCUCUCUCUCUCUAGUUGUCACUCAUUCAUCGAUCCAUCUUUCUGUUCAUUCGCCCUUUUUCUUUUCUUUUUUUUCCACUCACUUGAUGUUGUUUCUUCUUCAAUUUUUCUGUCAGUUUAUCCACCUUUCUUUUAUUCAAAUGAUGUUACCUAUGAAUCUUUCUCUCAGUCAUUUUUUCACAAUCAUUUGAUUUUUCUGCCUGCUUCUCUUCAAGAGAUUUUUUUUACUCCAGUUCUGUUUCUGUUGUUCGAUAUACUUACCUCCUACUCUAUAUAUUUCUUUCUCGAUAUGCUACCCAUUCUAUCAUUUGAUAUUAUUUGUAAACCCAUUACCUGUACCCCUCCUCUCUCUCUCUCUCUCUCUCUCUCUCUCUCUAUCUAUCUCUCUCUCUCUCUCCCUGUCUCUCGCUUGUCCUCGUCUUGUUUUCAGUUGUUUCAAUUAUUUUCCCAUUCCAGAGUUAUCUCCUCUUGUUUUCAAUUCAUGUCUAUUUCAUCGUUCGAUGUACAGAGAAUGUUUCCCUCUCUUUUAGCAGACAUUCAAUGGCUGCUUUUAUUAAGGGCCAUCUUCACGCGAAAACCUCCUGACCCAUUCAUCGACAGAUAA